AUGGCUGAGCAGCUUACCAAGGAGCAGAUUGCCGAGUUCAAGGAGGCCUUCUCCCUGUUCGACAAGGACGGCGAUGGAACCAUCACCACCAAGGAGCUCGGCACUGUCAUGCGCUCGCUUGGCCAGAACCCCACCCAGGCCGAGCUCGAGGACAUGAUCAACGAGGUUGACGCCGACGGCAACAACUCGAUCGACUUUGCCGAGUUCAUGACCCUCAUGGCUCGCAAGAUGCACGACACGGACUCGGAGGAGGAGAUCCGCGAGGCCUUCAAGGUCUUUGACAAGAACAACGACGGCCACAUCUCGGCCGCUGAGCUCAAGCACGUCAUGACCAACCUCGGCGAGAAGCUCUCGGACGACGAGAUCACCCAGAUGAUCCGUGAGGCCGACAAGGACGGUGACGGCAUGAUCGACUACAACGAGUUUGUGUCCAUGAUGAUGGCCAAGGUAAGUGCUGCUUUACAUAGAACCGCGCCCACCCCACACCCACAUCACAUACCCCCCCCGGAUUUUGGUGGCUUGACCGCACCCGUCAUUAUUGCUGUGCAAUGGUGCUGCUGGUCGGAUAACAUCGGUCUUGCGGUGGGGUGUGCGGCGUGUGCCAAGUGA